AUGGAGAAGGGUGUGGAGCAGACUGUCAGGGGCCCCAGGGGGCAGUGGCCAAGGGGCCCACCUGGGUGGUUAGGGUCAAAUUUUGCCUUGAGGAGAGCAGAGGGUGGAGGUGGGGCCAUCAGUGGCUGGGGCCGGUUCAGCCUCCCUCCCAGAGGUGCUAGUGGCAUUGAAGUCCGGAGCUUGGGCAAAGAGUUCUUUUUCCUGGAUGCUGAAACCAGGUUGUGCAAAAUUGCCCCUGAAGGCUGGAGUGAGCAGCCCCGGAAGAGGAGUGCCCCAAAGACCUUCACGCUCUUUCUGAGGAUCAAGUUCUUUGUCAGUCACGGUGGGCUGCUCCAGCACAGCUGGACAAGGCAUCAAUUUUACCUGCAGCUUCGGAAAGACAUCCUGGAGGAGAGGCUGUACUGCAAUGAUGAGAUGCUGCUACAGCUGGGGGUCCUUGCCUUGCAGGCUGAGUUUGGCAGCUACCCAGAGGAGGUUGAAAAUAAAGCCUAUUUUCGAGUUGAAGAUUACAUCCCUGCAAGUCUGAUUGAGAGGAUGACAGCUCUCCGGGUCCAAGCCGAAGUCUCAGAGAUGCACCGUCUGAGUCCUGUGCUCUGGGGAGAGGAUGCUGAGCUGGAGUUCUUGAGGGUCACUCAGCAGCUCCCAGAAUACGGUGUGCUGGUUUACCAAGUUCUCCCAGAGAAGAUGAGGCCAGAAGGGGAGAUGGCCUUGGGAAUCUGUGCCAAGGGUGUCAUAGUAUACGAAGUGAGAAACAACAGCAGAAUUGCAACUUUACGGUUUCAGUGGAGAGAAAUUGAAAAGAUUUUGGCUUAUCGAAAGAAGUUCAUCAUCACAAGCAGCAUCACUGGGAAAAAGCACACAUUUGUCACCGAUUCAGCCAAGACCUGUAAAUAUUUACUGGGACUCUGCUGCGCCCAGCAUGGGUUUAACGCUCAGAUGAGCUCUCCCGGAGUUACACCUGACUAUGAUAAGUGUUUGCAAAUGGCUAAUUUGAGUCUUGCACAUCUGGCCCGGUCCAAGCCUCUCAGUUGGAUUCAGAGAUUGUCCUGCUCAGAAAACGCGCUGUUCGUACCCAGGCUGGAGGAUGCCGCAGGAGGCAUGGUGCAGACGUCACUGGAUAACUUGACCGUGGAAGUCAGCAAGGAGACGGGAGCUCAGGGACUCAGAGGCAGCUGCUGCCAAGAUGACCCAGCCAAGGGUCGCCUUCAGGCCGAGUUCUGGGACGAGCCCGUCAUCAUGGAAAUGUGUCACCCACACCUGCUCAGCUGUCUGCAGCUGUGUGAUUUGGGCUAG